AAGUACAGGUGCUGAUGGACCAGCAGUUUGACAAGAUCCCGUCCACGCAGCGAGCUCUGGCGCGCAUCAAGAAAUACGAACUACUUGGUAUUUCAGGGCUGGACGUGAAGGAGAAGUACCAUCGCACAAUCGCUCACUACAUGAAUGACAUCGAGACGGUGCAGAGGAUCUACAUGGCGUUCAAAGACAACCCGCCGGUCGAGCGUAACCUGCCGCCCAUGGCUGGAAAGAUAGCAUGGUCGCAGCAGCUGCUGCGACGUAUUCAAGAGCCAAUGGACGCCUUCCGCUCGUCCACUCCGGAGCUGUUGGCACAGACACCUGACUUGAAGCGUGUCGUCAAGAAAUAUAACAAGACUGCCCGGGUGCUGCUGGAGUUUGAAGUGGUCUAUCACCAGGCAUGGCUGAGGCAGGUUGAAGCCUGCAAGAUUGGUCUGCAGGCGUCGCUGCUGGUGCUACACGGCGAGACCAAGAUGCUCUUCGUCAAUUUCGACCCGUUGAUCCUGAGUCUGUUCAGAGAGGCCGAGUGUAUGUCACGCAUGAGCCUUGAGGUGCCCAAAGGUGUCAACACCAUCUGCACUCGCCGUCUCACCUUCAAGAACAACUAUGACCGGCUCAAGGCACUUCUGGACGAGAAGCAGCGCAUCUGCGACAAGAUCCCGGAGAUCCUGCAAGCGCUGAUGGAGCCACACAUCAACAAAGUGAACGACGCCUUGCAGCCGGGCCUGAGCUCGCUAAACUGGAUGUCACUGAACAUCGACUUGUUCAUUUCUAGUGGUACUGAUAGUCUUCAUGUCCUGGAGAAGCUGAUCGACAGAGCUACGGACAUCCUCAAUUAUCGGAUUUACGCUCUCUUCCAGGAGAUGCAGGAGAUUCCGCUCUGCGAGCUGCCUUCAGCCGAGCCCUUGACCAUUGAGCAGUUUGCUCAGAGCACCGAGGAGCUGUGUGAGGCUGGUGCCAUCCUGCUUGACACUAAGAGCCACUUUGUUGAAGAUGCAGUACUGGAGUUGCGAAAUCUCUUCCUGAAAGACCAGGGUGAAGGUGAAGACGGUGGUGGGUCACCACAGAACGAGGACACCAGCAGUGCUCCGAGCGCGGCCAGCUUGAGUCGGCGCAAGCUGCCACCAGGCGGCGCUACUCUUGAACGACAGAAGGAACUCCGCGAACACCUGGACGAGGAAGCUGCUGAGUUGGUCUAUUCACUGCAACAGCAGAAUGUCGAUACUCUGCUGAAACUGACACGCUUCACACUGGACAGUAUCAAGCGACGCGUGGCCAUGUCGAGUCGCUACAGCAGUGAGAACUCGUGGGACAACGGUGGACAGAAUGGAUCUAAGAGCAAGCCGCAGGGUGCCUGUUUCCGGGCGGACAUCGUCCUGGCCAUGCCCAGCAUCAUGAUGCAGCCGAGUCUCGACGAAGUACAGCAAGGACUGAACAAGACGGCGCAGACCAUUCUCAACACGUUCAAGGGUGUUGUGCAGUGGGGCCAGCGACAGGCCAAGCUCAAGAUCGGUGGCAAAAAGUCCAAGAAGAAGGCCCAGGCCAGCGACCAGUCAAUCGCCCGGAGUGGUGUUCUGGGAGAGAAGUCACAGGUGAAGAUCAUUCUUCCCGAAGAGGAGGACGGCGCUGGUGAACAAUCACAGCUGGUCAAGUCAACCGUGUCAUUCGGAGACGGCAAGAGCAUGAUGAAGAGCUACUUCCGCAACGUGGCGGACAACAAGGACGUCCAGAAGAUGAUUAGCUCACUGUCGACGGCCAUCAACUCCACCAAACAGGACAUAGAUCUUGCUCUGGAGAAGUACAACAUCUACCAGGAUAUCUGGAAGAAGAAUCGUGAUGAGGCCAUCAAGGAAUUUAACGAAGCUGUGCCGGAACCUCUGCUUGGAGACUUCAAGGCAGAAAUCAUAGGUUAUGAAAACCUGAUGGCCGAAAUCGGAGAGAUUGCCGACAGCAGUGAAGUUGGUGCAAUUGCGCUCUACUGCUCGCCAGUCAAGCAUGCUCUCGUUGCUGAAUGCCACGCGUGGAAGCAGCUAUUUGGAAAGAGUGUCAACGAAAAGUUCCGAGCCGUCAUGGAGAAGACGUUCGACUUCAUCGAGGACUGCGGCAAGCGGCUGGGACGCAAUAUCAAGGACUUGGAUGACAUUCGCACGGCCAUGGGUGCAUUGAAGGAUCUCCGAGAGCAGGAGAUUGGGAUAGAUAUGAGCCUGUCACCAGUUGAAGAGUCCUACGCUAUGCUGAGCAAGCAUGACAUCGCCGUAGCACGAGAAGAGGCCGAGCGAGUCGACACGCUGCGCUACAACUGGGAGAAGCUCAAUGCGUCGGCGAUCACCGUCUCCGAUCAUCUGGUGAGCAUUCAGACAGAGUAUCGCACGGACCUUUUGGAGAAGGUCACAGUGUUUGCAACGGACACCACAAGCUUCUAUGAUGACUACGGAACGAGUGGUCCAAUGGUAGACGGCAUUGAGCCGCAGGAGGCCAGCGAGCGUCUGCAGGUCUACCAGGUGCGGUUUGAUGAGCUGUGGCGCAAGUUCAACACCUACUCGGACGGAGAAGCCCUAUUUGGCCUGGAAGUCACUGCAUACACCGACCUGCAGCGUAUCCGCAAGGAACUCAACCUGCUACAGAAACUCUACAGCCUGUACAAUACUGUCAACGACACCAUCGAUGGUUACUAUGACAUUCUCUGGCUAGAGGUGGACAUUGAGAAGAUCAACAGCGAUCUGCUGGACUUUCAGAACAGAUGUCGCAAACUGCCAAAGGCCCUGAAAGACUGGCAGGCCUUCAACGACCUGAAGCAGAAAAUUGACGACUUCAAUGAGACUUGUCCACUUCUGGAAAUGAUGGCGAAUAAGGCAAUGAAGGAGCGCCAUUGGGAGAGAAUCGCAAACACCACUAAGCAUCCGUUCGACGUGGAGUCUGAGAACUUUCAAUUGCGCAACAUCAUGGAAGCACCGCUGCUCCAGUGCAAGGAAGAUAUUGAGGAUAUCUGUAUCGCGGCUGUGAAAGAAAAGGAUAUUGAGGCCAAGAUGAAGCAGGUCGUAUUGGACUGGAGCACUCAGGAGCUGGCGUUCGGCAACUUCAAGAAUCGUGGCGAGCUGCUGCUGAAGGGAGAUGUGAUGGCCGAGGCAAUCACACUGAUGGAGGACAGUCUCAUGGUGCUGUCCUCACUCAUGAGCAACAGGUACAAUGCGCCGUUCAAGAAGGACAUCCAGGCGUGGGUACAGAAGCUGAGUAACUCGACUGACAUCAUCGAGAACUGGCUGCAAGUGCAGAAUCUCUGGGUGUAUCUGGAGGCCGUGUUCGUCGGCGGAGACAUUGCCAAGCAAUUGCCAAAGGAAGCUAAGCGUUUCCAAGGCAUCGAUAAAUCCUGGGUAAAGAUCAUGACCAGAGCUCACGAGAAUCUCAACAUCAUCGUGUGCUGCACGGGCGACGAGACUAUGGGUCAGCUGCUCCCGCAUCUUCUCGAGCAGCUAGAGCUCUGCCAGAAGUCGCUCACUGGAUACUUGGAGAAGAAGAGACUCAUCUUCCCGCGGUUCUUCUUUGUCUCUGAUCCGGUGCUUCUGGAAAUCUUGGGCCAGGCUAGUGAUUCUCACACGAUCCAGGCUCACUUGUUGAGCGUGUUUGACAACGUCAAGACCGUGGACUUUCACGAGAAGGAAUACGACCGGAUCACGGCGAUCAACUCGCGUGAACCGGAGACGAUUCAGCUUGAGAAGACGGUCAUGGCGCAAGGUAACGUGGAGAUAUGGCUUGGCCAGCUGCUCGACAUCUCUAAGGCCUCUGUGCACAGUGUGAUCAGGCAGGCCUCGCAUGCUAUCAACGAUCCCAGCUACGAGAUGAUGGAAUUUCUUGAGAACUUCCCAGCACAGGUUGGCAUUCUCGGCAUCCAGUUUCUCUGGACUCGAGACGCUCAGUUUGCGCUCACGAAUGCACGUGCUGACAAGAAGAUCAUGGCGGCAACGAACCAGGCGUUCUUGGAGAUGUUGAACCGACUGAUUGACAAGACACUGCAGAAUCUGACCAAGAUCCAGCGUGUGAAGUACGAGACCUUGAUCACCAUCCACGUUCAUCAACGUGAUAUCUUCGAUGACAUUGUGAAGAUGCAUGUGAAGACGCCGAGCGACUUUGAGUGGCUGAAGCAGACACGGUUCUACUUCAACGACGACACAGACAAGACACUGAUCAGCAUUACGGAUGUCAACUUCGAGUACCAGAACGAGUUCUUGGGCUGCACGGAUCGUCUGGUGAUCACGCCGCUGACUGAUCGCUGCUACAUCACCCUAGCACAGGCGCUUGGCAUGGCACUGGGUGGUGCCCCGGCCGGACCUGCUGGAACCGGUAAAACGGAGACGACCAAGGACAUGGGCAAGGCACUGGGCAAGUACGUUGUCGUCUUCAACUGUUCCGAUCAGAUGGACUUCAGAGGACUGGGACGUAUCUACAAAGGUCUAGCUCAGUCGGGCAGCUGGGGCUGUUUUGAUGAGUUCAACCGCAUUGAGCUGCCGGUGUUGUCCGUGGCCGCACAGCAGAUUGCAAUUGUGUUGCAGUGCAAGAAGGAGAGGAAGUCCCACUUCAUCUUUACCGACGGCGACGUGGUGUCGUUGAGUCCGGAGUUUGGCCUCUUCUUGACAAUGAACCCUGGCUACGCCGGUCGACAGGAGCUGCCAGAAAACCUCAAGAUCAACUUCAGAACCGUUGCCAUGAUGGUGCCCGAUCGUCAGAUUAUCAUCCGUGUCAAACUUGCCAGUGCUGGUUUCCUGGAGAACAUCAACCUGUCGAGAAAGUUCUACACACUCUACAAGCUGUGCGAAGAGCAGCUCUCCAAGCAAGUGCACUACGACUUUGGACUGCGCAACAUCCUGUCCGUGCUGCGAACGCUGGGAACGGUGAAGCGCAAGAACCCUACGGACAGCGAGAGCACAACAGUGAUGAGAGUCUUGCGUGACAUGAACCUAUCCAAACUGGUGGACGAGGAUGAACCGUUGUUCUUGAGCUUGAUCAACGAUCUGUUCCCUGGCAUUGUCUUGGACAAGGCUGGCUACCCGGACCUGGAAGGCGCUAUCGCAGAGAAUGUCGAGAAAGCGGGUCUGGUCAACCAUCCGCCGUGGGUUCUCAAGCUCAUUCAGCUGUUUGAAACCCAGCGUGUACGCCAUGGCAUGAUGGCCCUGGGUCCCAGCGGCGCAGGCAAAACAAAGUGCAUUCACAUGUUGAUGAAGGCCAUGACCGACUGUGGAGAGCCACAUCGUGAGAUGAGAAUGAAUCCAAAGGCCAUCACGGCGCCGCAGAUGUUCGGACGUCUCGACGUCGCCACCAACGAUUGGACUGACGGCAUCUUCUCAACGCUGUGGAGGCGAACACACAAAGCCAAGAAAGGUGAACAUAUCUGGCUGGUGUUGGAUGGACCGGUGGAUGCUAUCUGGAUUGAAAACUUGAACAGUGUACUGGACGACAACAAGACAUUGACACUGGCGAAUGGUGACCGUAUUCCAAUGGCACCCUGGUGUAAGAUUGUGUUUGAACCGCACAACAUCGACAACGCCUCGCCGGCCACUGUGUCACGAAACGGCAUGGUCUUCAUGAGCUCGUCGGCUUUGGACUGGAGGCCGAUCCUUGAUGGAUGGCUGAUGACGCGCCAGUCGUCGGAGGCGGAGGUCAUUCGUGAACUAUUCCAUGCCAGCUUCCAGGAGGUCUAUAACUACAGCUCCACCAUGCUCUUCCCCAAGAUGGAAAUUCUGGAGUGCAAUUACAUCUCCCAGGCUGUCAAGAUGUUGGAAGGCAGCUUGCCGAAGAAAGAGAAGGAAGACAUGUCCAUGCCCGACAAAGCAGUGCUGGAGCGCUACUACAUCUUCGGUGUGAUGUGGAGUAUUGGCGCUCUGCUUGAGCUGGGUGACCGCUCCAAGAUGGAGACAUUCCUGAAGGAGAAGACGAAGCUGAACUUGCCAAAAAUUGAGCCCGGUUCCGGGAACACCAUCUUUGAGUUUGUUGUGAACAAUGAAACUGGCGAGUGGCAGCAUUGGAUGGACAGAGUGCCCGAGUAUAACUAUCCGCAUGAUGAAGUACCCGAGUACUCCUCUAUCUUGGUACCCAACGUUGACAAUGUGCGAACGGAUUACAUCAUCCAGUGCAUAUCCAAACAAGACUUGGGAGUGCUGUUGAUCGGUGAGCAAGGUACGGCUAAGACAGUCAUCAUCAAGGGCUUCAUGGGAAAGUCGAACCCUGAAGAGCAUCUCAGCAAGAGCUUCAACUUCUCCUCAGCCUCCACACCCAACAUGUUCCAGAGAACCAUUGAGAGCUACGUUGACAAGAGGGUGGGCAGUACAUAUGGCCCACCGGCUGGAAAGAAGAUGACCGUAUUCGUUGACGAUAUCAACAUGCCCAUCAUCAAUGAAUGGGGAGAUCAGAUUACCAAUGAAAUUGUGCGACAGACUAUCGAGAUGCAGGGCUUCUACAGCUUGGAGAAGCCUGGUGAUUUCACCAGUAUUGUCGACAUUCAGUUCCUGGCUGCCAUGAUUCACCCCGGCGGAGGUCGCAACGACAUUCCCAGUCGUCUGAAACGACAGUUUUCCGUCAUCAACUGUACUCUGCCAUCCGAUGCCUCCAUCGACAAGAUCUUUGGUUCUAUCUCGGAAGGGUACUUCUGCAAGGAGCGUGGCUUCAAGGCGGAUGUUGUGGACUUGGCACACCGACUCGUUCAGACAACACGUCAAUUGUGGCAGGCAACUAAGGUGAAGAUGUUGCCAACGCCAGCCAAGUUCCACUACAUCUUCAACUUGCGUGAUCUCUCCCGCAUCUGGGAGGGAAUACUCACCAUUGACAGCGACAUCCUUAAGGAACGGGAGUUGCUCAUGUCGCUGUGGAAACACGAAUGCCAGCGCGUCAUCUCGGACCGCUUUACGAACCCACAGGAUAAGGAAUGGUUUAACAAGGCCAUCACACGCGUCGCCACCGAAGAUCUCGACAAUGAGAUCGCUAGUCUAAUCCCGGAAGAGCCGUACUUCGUGGAUUUCUUGCAAGACCCACCGGAGGCCACGGGUGAAGAGCCGGAAGACCAGGAGUUGGAAGCUCCAAAGAUUUACGAGCCCAUUCCACCGUACGAUGAACUGGAGGAACGCUUGACGAUGUUCAUGACCCAGUACAACGAGACGAUCCGAGGCGCUGGAAUGGACUUGGUCUUCUUCAAGGACGCCAUGGUGCACUUGAUCAAGAUCUCCCGUGUGAUUCGUACCAGCAAGGGACACAGUUUGCUGGUCGGUGUCGGUGGCUCUGGAAAGCAGAGCUUGACGCGACUGGCGUCAUUCAUUGCGAACUACAAGAUCUUCCAAAUAACACUGACAAGGUCCUACAACAUCAGUAACCUGCAGGAUGAUCUCAAAGUUCUGUACCGCACUGCCGGACAUCAGGGAAAGGGUAUCACGUUCAUCUUUACAGAUCAAGAAAUCAAGGACGAGGCUUUCCUGGAGUAUUUGAACAACGUGCUGGCGUCCGGAGAGGUAGCUAACCUAUUUGCCCGUGACGAGCAGGAUGAGAUCUUGAAUGAACUGAUUUCGAUCAUGAAAAAGGAGUUUCCCCGACGUCCGCCCACUCUCGAGAAUCUCUACGAUUAUUUCCUGUACCGCUGUCGCCAGAACCUGCACGUCGUCCUCUGUUUCUCACCGGUGGGUGAGAAGUUCCGUAACCGCGCUCUCAAGUUCCCAGCGUUGAUUUCCGGCUGUACCAUGGACUGGUUCAGUCGCUGGCCCAAAGAAGCCCUGCAGGCGGUGGCCAGGCAUUUCCUGGCCUCCUACGACAUCGUGUGCACGCCCGAAGUCAAGAAGGAAGUCGUGUUUGCCAUGGGUGUCUUCCAGGAUCGGGUGGCUGAGGCCUGUGUGGACUACUUUCACAGAUACCGUCGAACGGCUCACGUCACGCCAAAGUCCUAUCUCUCUUUCAUCAACGGCUACAAGACCAUCUACUCUCAGAAGCACAACGAUAUCGGCAUGCUGGCCAAGCGCAUGAAAACAGGUCUGGACAAGCUGAUCGAGGCCAGCGAGAGCGUGGCACAGCUCUCCAAGGAACUGGCUGUCAAGGAGAAGGACCUAGCCGUUGCCUCAGUUAAGGCAGAGAAGGUGCUGGUGGAAGUGACAGCUAGUGCCCAGGCAGCUGAGAAGGUCAAGGCCGAGGUUCAGAAAGUCAAGGAUAAGGCUCAGGCUAUUGUCGACGCUAUCGCGACUGAUAAGGCAGUAGCUGAGGGAAAACUAGAGGCAGCGAGACCGGCAUUAGAGGAAGCAGAAGCAGCCCUGCAGACAAUCAAACCAGCUCACAUUUCCACUGUACGUAAGCUGGCCAAUCCGCCGCAUCUCAUCAUGCGCAUCAUGGAUUGCGUACUCAUUCUGUUCCAACGCAAACUCAGCACGUGGACAAUGGACAAGGAGAAGCCUACCAACUCGCCGUCCUGGUCCGAGUCAUUGAAGUUGAUGAGCGCUGGAGGUUUCCUGAACACGCUGCAAACCUUCCCCAAGGACACAAUCAACGCCGAGACAGUUGAGCUGCUAAGGCCCUACUUUGCAAUGGAUGACUAUAACCUAGCCAGUGCCAAGAAGGUGUGCGGUGACGUGGCUGGAUUGUGCUCGUGGACUUUGGCCAUGGCUGCCUUCUUUGAGAUUAACAGAGAAGUCCUGCCGUUGAAGGCCAAUCUUGUGAAAGCCGAAGCUAAGCUAGCCGUUGCCCAGGGUGAGCUCAACGCCGCACAAGCACAGCUGGACGAGAAGGAAGCUGAACUAGCUGCAGUACAAGCCAUGUACGACAAGGCCAUGACCGAGAAACAGACACUUAUUGAUGACGCAGAUACGUGCCGUAGAAAGAUGGCCGCCGCCAGUGCCUUGAUUGGUGGACUGUCCGGUGAGAAGGACAGAUGGACUAUCCAGAGCAAAGAAUUCCAGGAUCAGAUUGGAAGGCUGGUAGGAGAUGUACUGCUGUGCACUGGAUUCCUGUCUUACUCGGGGCCGUUCAAUCAAGAGUUCCGCGAUCUGUUGCUGGACGACUGGAAGAAGGAACUAAAGACGCGCGGUAUUCCGUUCACUGGUAGUCUCGACGUCACUGGCAUGUUGGUGGACUCUGCUACGGUCGGUGAGUGGGGUCUGCAAGGACUGCCCAACGACGAGCUCUCGGUGCAGAACGGCAUCAUCGUCACCAAGGCAACGCGCUACCCGCUGCUCAUGGAUCCGCAGGGUCAGGGCAAGACCUGGGUCAAGAACAAGGAAGCUCAGAACGAAAUGCAGUUAACAUCGCUCAACAACAAGUAUUUCAGAACACAUCUCGAGGACUGUCUUUCCCUUGGCAAACCAAUCCUCAUCGAAGACAUUGGUGAAGAGCUCGACCCGGCACUCGACAACGUGCUGGAGAAGAACUUCAUCAAGAGUGGCAGUACGCUGAAGGUGAAAGUUGGUGACAAGGAGGUGGAUGUCAUGAAGGGAUUCAUGCUUUACAUCACAACCAAACUUCCCAAUCCGUCGUAUACACCCGAGAUUUCGGCCAGAACAUCCAUCAUCGACUUCACUGUCACAAUGAAGGGUCUUGGUGAUCAGCUGCUUGGCUUGGUGAUUCUGAAAGAGAAGAGGGAGCUGGAGGCCGAGCGUGUGGCCCUGCUAGAAGACGUCACCUCCAACAAGAGGAAGAUGCAGGAACUCGAGGACAACCUGCUGUACCGGCUGACGUCGACCAAGGGCUCCCUGGUGGACGAUGAGACGCUGAUCGAUGUACUGCGCACGACCAAGUCGACUUCUGAAGACGUCAAGCAGAAACUACAGGUUGCUGCUGACACAGAGAUCAAGAUCACAUCUGCACGUGAGGAGUUCCGACCGGUGGCCACCCGUGGCAGCAUUCUCUACUUCUUGAUCACAAACAUGAGCAUGGUCAACUGCAUGUACCAGACGUCUCUGCCGCAGUUCCUGGGGCUGUUCGACAACUCCAUGGAGCGCAGCACCAAGUCUCCCGUCACCGCGAAGAGAAUCGCCGCCAUUGUGGAGUACUUGACGUUUGAGGUAUUCCGCUACACGUCGCGUGGUCUCUACGAGGAGGACAAAUUCCUGUUCACGCUGCUCUUGGCACUGAAAAUAGACCUGAACAAUAACAAGGUAAAACAUCGUGAGUUCAGUACGCUGAUCAAGGGAGGUGCUGCUUUGGAUCUGAAUGCUGUGGAACCUAAGCCAGCCAAGUGGAUCCUGGACUUGACCUGGCUCAACUUGGUCGAGCUCAGCAAGCUACCUCAGUUCUCCGAGAUCCUCAGCCAGAUUGCUCGCAAUGACAAGGCCUGGAAGGCUUGGUUUGACGUUGAGGCACCGGAGGAGACUCCGUGUCCAGAUGGCUAUGAGCACUCGCUGGACACAUUCCGUCGCCUGCUGCUGGUCAGGAGCUGGUGUCCGGAUCGUACAGCCGUGCAAGCACGCAAAUACAUCACCGAGUCACUGGGUCUGCGCUUUGCGGAGGGUGUCAUCCUGGACCUGAGGGAUCUUCACGCGGAGAGUACUCCCCGUACACCCAUGAUCGGACUGCUGUCGAUGGGAUCGGAUCCCACGGCCGACAUUGAGAACCUGGCAAAGCGCGAGAAUCUGGAAUGCCGAGCCAUCAGUAUGGGUCAAGGGCAGGACGUGCACGCACGACGUCUUCUACAACAAUUUAUGGGCGGUGGAGGAUGGGCGCUGCUGCAGAACUGCCAUUUAGGUCUUGACUUCAUGGAUGAGCUCUUCUUGCUCAUGGUGGAUGCGGAGAACAUUCACGAGGACUUCCGCUUGUGGAUGACAACAGAGGUGCACCCGAAGUUCCCAAUUUCCUUGUUGCAGAUCGGCUUGAAAUUCACUAAUGAGCCGCCGCAGGGAAUCAAGGCCGGUCUCAAACGAACCUACACUGGUAUCAGCCAGGACCAGUUGGACAUCAGCAACCUGCCUCAGUGGAAACCAAUGCUCUUCGGCUUGGCAUUCCUACACACAACUGUCCAGGAACGUCGCAAAUUUGGUCCGCUGGGUUGGAACAUCCCGUAUGAGUUCAAUCAGGCCGAUUUCACCUCCACUAUGCAGUUCUUCCAGAACCACCUCGAUGAUCUAGACUUGAAGAAGGGCAUCUCCUGGACAACGGUACGCUACAUGAUCGGUGAAGUGCAGUACGGCGGUCGUGUUACGGACGAUUUCGACAAAAUUCUCCUGAACACAUUUGCAAAGGUCUGGUUCAGUGAUGGCAUGUUUGCACCAACAUUUAAGUUCUACAAGGGGUACACUAUUCCAACCGCUGCUACGUGUAAAACAGUCGCCAAUGUCAUGGAGCACGUUGAGGAACUGCCGCUGCUUGACACCCCCGAAGCAUUUGGCCUUCAUCCCAAUGCCAACAUCACUUACCAGACAAACGUUGCAACCAAUUGCAUGGGUACAAUGGUGAGUAUCCAGCCGAAAGACUCCGGUGGCGGUGGUGGGGAGACGCGUGAGAGCGUUGUGCAGCGACUUGCCGACGACAUGCUCAGCAAGCUGCCGCCGGACUACCUGCCCCACGAGGUCAAGGCCUGCCUGCAGCGCAUGGGACAUCUCUCGCCGAUGAACAUCUUCCUGCGGCAGGAGAUCGAUCGCAUGCAGCGUGUCAUUAUCAACGUGCGCAGCACCUUGGUGGAUCUCAAGCUGGCCAUUGAUGGUACAAUCAUUAUGAGCGAGAUGCUGCGUGAUGCAUUGGACAAUAUGUACGAUGCCCGUGUGCCGACAGCAUGGAAGAAGAUCUCGUGGGCGUCAGCAACGCUUGGUUUCUGGUUCACGGAGCUGCUUGAGAGGGAUACACAGUUCCGAAGCUGGUGCUUCGACGGCCGUCCCAACUACUUCUGGAUGACCGGCUUCUUCAACCCACAGGGAUUCCUCACAGCCAUGAGACAGGAAGUAACCCGUGCGCACAAAGGCUGGGCUCUGGACACCGUUGUACUCAGUAACGAAGUCACCAAGAUGUUCAAGGACGAUGUCAAGGAGCCGCCAGCAGAGGGUGUAUACGUGUACGGUUUGUUCCUGGAUGGCUCGGCGUGGGAUCGCCGACAGGGCAAACUCAUUGAGCAGACGCCUAAGGUACUGUUCACGUCACUACCAGUCGUCCACAUCUUCGCCAUCAACAGCACGGCCGGCAAGGACCCUCGCUUCUACCACUGUCCGCUGUACAAGAAGCCGAACCGUACCGACCUGACCUUCAUCACAACGCUGCAGCUCAAGACGUCGCAGAGUCCCGACCACUGGACACUGCGCGGCGUUGCACUCCUCUGCGACGUCAAGUAAUCACCACAUGACUCAACACAAACUGAGCUGUGCUCACACAUCUCGGCAAUAAGCACACCCACGCGCAAGACUUACAAACAUCUUACCACGUGUGCUUGUUUCUCCUCUUGGCGUUUAUUCUGCCAUUUUUCUUGCAUGCAUGCUCAAUGGAUACAUGCACUUUAUGCAAUUCGACUACUACUUUGCCAUUGAAUAAUGUGUUUCUAAUUUAAAAAUGUAUUCAUAGCAUUCUGUAGAACGCAUCAUCAUGGUAAAUAAAUUAUCAUGAUGACGUCAUCAAGAUCUAUUUUUAACACUAGGCUUUUUGCACGACCUCCCUAUCACAUCAAUUGUUCAGACAUUCUUUGAUUAGUUAUGCAUGUAUGAAUUGCUAUUGACCAUCUACAUGACUGUACAUGUAUGUGUGCAUGGGUUCCAAGUUUUUGACAGCUAGUCCAAAGCUGAUUGCGUCGAUUGCCUUUAGAUAGUGCUGUAUACAUUUUUUUAAAUGUAUUCUUAUUUUCUACUCUUUUACUCAACUUUCCCCCAGAGCAUUCAAAAAAGAACGCAUCACCUCGCUCACAUGUUAUACCUAGCAAUGCACGGUGGCUUUGCACUUUCCACCUUUCUGUAUGUUGCACUCUACUGCGAAGUACCUUCUAAAAUUAUGUGCCACAAUUAUCAUGAUCAUGUUGUCGUUAAUGUGUUGUUACACUGA